CAGUCGGACACAAUAACAUGGCUGCAGCUGUGGUCCGGGUUGUUUUCACUGUGACAUGAUUAAUGUGGCGGUAACAGAGGGACUCGAACUGCGACAUGGACCCGGCUCACAGAGCCGUUCUCCGGAGGAACACACGCUUCCUGUCCGCGGAGCUGCAGGUCAGCGACUCCAUCGUCCCGCUUCUGUUCCAGGAGGAGAUUCUGACGGAAGCUCAGGUGGAACACAUCGAGUCCCAGACCACGAACAGCAGGAAGACCCGGCGGCUCCUGGAGCUGCUGCCCCGCAGGGGGCCCCGGGCCUUCCGCUGCUUCCUGCGGGCCCUGGACGACUUCAGCUGGGUCCGAGACAGGCUGCUGCUGGACCUCCACACCCCGGGCCCCGGAGCUGAACCAGGACCAGGACCAGGAGCUGGAGCUGGACCAGGAGCUGGAGCUGGAUCCACAGACGACCGGCAGCUUCCUGAGUCGGUUCUCCAGAGGGUUCCUUCAGAUCGGGAGUUGUCCCGGCUAGCGUCUCGACUCGGAGCUGAGUGGGAGUUGGUGCUGAUGGAUCUGGGUUUGUCUGCGGAGGCUUUGUUUCGCUGUCGGUCCGAUCAUGGUCUCAGCGCUCACGGAGCAGCGCUCGCCGGCCUGGUUCAGUGGAGACGAUCUGAGGGGAGGAGAGCCAGGGUCCAGAGGCUGCUGGAGUCUCUACAGGCUGCUGACGUCCACCCGUCUGUCCUGCAGGACGCCCUGAUCUGAUGCACGAGCUGACCACAAUGUUAGAACCAACGCAAGCAUGGACGCUCAGCGGGACAAGAGUGAUUGAAACAAUGAGGACGAGACGACUGAGUCUGAGACAAGAGAGGACACGUUGCUUGUGUUGAUGUUUAAAAAAUGUCUCCUGCAGCCUCCUAGUAAAAUGUGAGAGUGAGUCCAUGUGAGGAAACAGCAGGACAAUGUCCUGAAGCUUCCCAGUGAGCGAGUGGACGUGUUGAUGAGGU